CUCAGAGCCAGAUUCUACCUCUGCGUCCGCGUCAGCCCAGAGCCCCCUGGGGCGGAGGGUCGGUCCCCGACGCGAAGAGAGGAUGGUCAUCCCCGUGUUCAUCGCCUCUUCCUCCGGCUUUGUGGCGAUAAAGAAGAAACAGCAGGAUGUGGUUAGAUUUCUGGAAGCCAACAAGAUAGAAUUUGAAGAGGUGGAUAUCACAAUGUCAGAAGAACAGAGGCAACGGAUGUACAAAAACAUCCCACCGGAAAAGAAGCCUACUCAGGGCAACCCUCUACCACCUCAGAUAUUUAAUGGCGACCGAUACUGUGGAGAUUGUGACAGUUUUUUUGAAUCAAAGGAAAGCAACACAGUCUAUUCAUUCUUAGGCUUAAAACCACAGUUAGCAUCAAAGGCAGAACCUUAGAGAGGAAAAGUAGAAGAUGAUGAUUCAUUUUGAAGCGCCCUCUGGUACUCAGCACACACCUGCUUACUUAAUGCAUCUCUGUGAUAAAAGCCACAUGCAUCAUCAGCAACUUUUCUUG